AUGGCUCCCCACGCUGAAGUCGGUAACGGCUUCUCGACCAGUUCAGCUUCAAGUUCUCCUGCCACUCAGGACCUCUUCACGGUCAGCUCACCCAAUGUCACCUACUCUGACGACGAGAUCAAUACCAAGUAUGCCUACCGUACUACCUCUGUCACUGAGAAUGGCGAUGGCAAAUUCGUGGCCACUCCCAAGGAGACUCUCUAUGACUUCAAGGUUGACCGCAAGAUCCCCAAGACCGGCAUGAUGCUCGUUGGUUGGGGUGGUAACAAUGGCACAACUGUCACCGCAGGUAUCAUUGCCAACCGUCUCGGGCUCUCCUGGGAUACUCGUGAGGGCCCUCGUGCAGCUAAUUACUAUGGCUCUGUUGUUAUGGGUUCAACCAUGAAACUUGGUAUAAAUGCUAAAACCGCUGAGGACGUCAACAUCCCCUUCCACAAAGUCCUGCCUAUGGUCCACCCCAAUGACCUCGCCAUCGGCGGAUGGGACAUCAGCGGCAUGAACCUGGCCGCUGCCAUGGACCGUGCUGCCGUUUUGGAGCCAACCCUCAAGGCCCAAGUCAACAAGCAGAUGACUGCAAUGGUCCCUCUUCCCAGCGUUUACUAUCCUGACUUCAUUGCCGCUAACCAGGAGGAUCGUGCUGACAACUGCCUCGCUGGUAGCAAGGCUAGCCUUGAGCAUGUUGAGCAGAUCCGCAAGGACAUUCGUGACUUCAAGGCCAAGAACGGUUUGGACAAGGUCAUUGUUCAGUGGACCGCCAACACUGAGCGUUUCGCAGAGCUCGUUCCAGGCGUCAACGACACCGCUGAUAACCUCAUGAAGGCAAUUGAGAAUGGCCAUGAGGAAGUCGCUCCUUCCACCAUUUUCGCUGUUGCUUCUAUCCUUGAAGGUGCUCCAUUCAUCAACGGCUCUCCGCAAAACACCUUCGUUGCUGGUUGCAUUGAGCUUGCCGAGAAACACAAGUCCUUCAUUGGCGGAGAUGACUUCAAGUCUGGCCAGACCAAGAUGAAGUCUGCUCUUGUUGACUUCUUGAUCAGCGCUGGUAUCAAGCUCACUUCCAUUGCAUCUUACAACCAUCUUGGCAACAACGAUGGCAAGAACUUGAGCUCCCAGAAGCAGUUCCGCUCCAAGGAGAUCUCCAAGUCCAAUGUCGUCGAUGACAUGGUUGCGGCAAACAAUGUGCUCUACAAGAAGGGUGAGCACCCUGAUCACACUGUCGUUAUCAAGUACAUGCCUGCUGUUGGUGACAACAAGCGUGCUCUGGAUGAGUACUAUGCCGAGAUCUUCAUGGGUGGUCACCAGACUAUCUCUCUCUUCAACGUCUGCGAGGACUCGUUGCUUGCUUCCCCAUUGAUUAUUGACCUUGUCUUGAUUGCAGAGAUGAUGACUCGUAUCCAAUGGAAGUCUAGCUCUACUGAUGGCGCUGCUACUAAGGAGUUUGGAAACUUCCACAGCGUGCUAUCCAUCCUCAGCUACAUGCUUAAGGCUCCAUUGACCCCUCCUGGAACCCCAGUCGUCAAUGCUCUUGCUAAGCAGCGAGGUGCUCUAACCAACAUCUUUCGCGCCUGUGUCGGUCUCGAGCCAGAGAAUGAUAUGACUUUGGAGCACAAGUUGUUCUAA